AUGUCUGGGGAACAAGCCACCACUACGGCGCCUUGGCACCCUCUUGCUCCGUUGACCGCAGCAGAACUUCAGAAGGCCGCGGGGAUCAUCAAGGCAUCCUGGCCGGCGCAUACGGACUUGCACUUCAAGGUCGUUACAUUGGAAGAGCCGCCGAAGACCGAAGUUCUAAAGUACCUGGAGGCUGAGCACGGUGGCAAGCCAUUACCGUCUAUUCCGAGAAAGGCAUUUGUCAACUACUACAUCCGCAAUACCAGUAAAUUCCACGAGGCGAUUGUCGAUUUGACAUCGGGCCGGAUCGAGCGCAAUCUUCUCUUAGGACCCUUCAUUCAUGCUAAUGGAGAUGGCGACGAGAUUAUUGCCAUUGAAAAGGUUGCACUUGCAGACGAGAAAGUGCAAGCCGAGAUUGCCAAGCUCGAACUUCCAGAAGGCACAGUGGUUAUUAGCGAUCCCUGGAUAUACGGUUCUGACGGCAUUGGCGACGAAGACAGACUCUACCAAUGCUUUCUCUAUCUGAGGGACCCGAUGAACUCCUCGGAGGCAGAUUCAAAUCACUAUGCCAUGCCGUUGCCGAUUUCCCCCGUGGUCAGCACGGAGACGAUGACGGUCAUUCGCGUCGACUUGCUGCCUACUGGCGUAGACAAAACUAUCAAGCCGGUAGGCAAGUACAAAAUCCAACCACCCAAUGAGUACAUUCCGGAGGCGCAAAAGCUGCGAACGGAUCUUAAGCCCCUGAAUGUUGUCCAGCCUGAAGGCGCUAGCUUCCAGGUUCAACAACAGGGAACGUCGAGUGUCAUCUCAUGGCAGAAGUGGCAAUUCAGGGUCGGCUUCAACCAACGUGAGGGUAUGGUGCUGUAUGAUGUUCGAUACGACAACCGUAGCCUCUUCUAUAGGCUUAGUCUGAGCGACAUGAACAUUCCAUAUGCAGACCCACGCCACCCAUAUCACAAAAAGAGUGCUUUCGAUUUGGGCGAUGCUGGUGCUGGUAUCAUGGCGAACAAUCUGAAACUUGGCUGUGAUUGCCUAGGCUCGAUUUAUUACCUGAGCUCUGUCUUGUCAGACGACAAGGGCGGUGUCAUUGAUAUGCCGAAUGUAGUAUGCAUCCACGAACAAGAUGCAGGAAUCGGCUUCAAGCACACCAACUACCGCACCGGCCGCGCAGUCGUCGCUCGAAGCCGAGAGCUAGUACUCCAGAGCAUCAUUACCGUAAGCAACUACGAGUACAUUCUGGCCUUCAUCUUCAACCAGGCUGGAGAGAUCAGUUACGAGAUCAGAGCAACUGGUAUUCUUAGCACACAGCCUAUCGAUGAGGGCGUCGAGGUACCAUUCGGUACCGUUGUACACCCUGGCGUUCUUGCAGUUCACCACCAGCAUAUCUUCUCAUUGCGUGUCGACCCUAUGAUUGACGGUUACGAUAACCGUUUGGUGUAUGACGAAGCCUUUCCCAUGCCCCGAUCAGACUUCAACCCCCACGGAACAGGCUACUACGUCCAGGAGACAGUUGUCGAAAAAUCUGGCGGUUACGACAUUGCCUACGAGAACAACCGCACCUUCAAGAUCCAGAACCCGAAUGUGCGAAACCCGGUCAAUGGAAAGGCAGUGGCGUACAAGAUCCAGGCGCCUCCAUUCCAGAAAAUCCUGUCGGACAAGGACAGCUUCAACUACAAGCGUGCCGAGUUUUCCGACCACAACAUUUACGUCGUCAAGCACAAGGACGGUGAGCUGUACGCUGGCGGCACAUACACCAACCAGUCAAGAGGAGGAACUGGUGUGCGGUCGUGGGCUGAGAGGAACGACAACGUCAAGGAUACCGACUUGGUAGUAUAUAUCCAAGCGGGCAUAAACCACGUACCCAGGAUCGAAGACUUUCCUGUUAUGCCGUGUGAAAUUCUGAAGAUUCACCUGAAGCCAGUCAACUUCUUUGACAAAAAUCCAGCGCUGGACGUGCCACCAAGCGAGCAGGCGUUCAACAAGAGCAGCCUGUUGAGCGAGCAGCACCAGCAGCCGAGCGUGACUGCAACGGUGGGCAAGGACGGCCAAUGCUGCGCACCACAGAGUGCGAAGUUGUAG